CUGACGACCGCCGACGGAGCGGCCAAGAAGGCGGCCAAAGCUAGCGGCUCGGCGGCGCCGUCCCCAUCCAAGAAGAGGAAGAACAAGAAGAAGAACCAGCCGGGCAAGUACAGCCAGCUGGUGGUGGAGACCAUUCGCAGGCUGGGCGAGCGCAACGGCUCGUCGCUGGCCAAGAUCUACACGGAGGCCAAGAAGGUGCCGUGGUUCGACCAGCAGAAUGGGCGCACCUACCUGAAGUAUUCCAUCAAGGCCCUGGUGCAGAACAGCGGCAAGGCGAAGAAGGCGGCGGCGGCGGCGGGCAAGGUGAAGAAGGCCGCCAAGCCCAGCGUCCCCAAAGUGCCGAAGGGCCGCAAGUGAGCGCGCCGGUCUGCCGGGCGGGCGGGUGUUCGGUUUUUGUAUCCCGAGUGUAUGUAGUUUUAUACGGUUCCCUGGCCCAGGCCUUCGCGCCCGCUGAGCGCAGCGAGGGGCCCAGGGCCCCUCCGUCCCUCCCAUCCCCCGCCCAUCGUGGUAGUGUGUUGUUUUUUUGUUUAUUUGCUUUGGAUUUUGAAACGGCCCUGGCGUCGCCCCCAUUGGCUCCUCGCCCUUGGCAACGGCUGUCGCUAUGGUUACCCGCUCGCAGGCGCCACUGGCCGGAGCCACCGUGCCGCCCUUCUGUCUCCCCACUCUUCCCGCCUUUCGGUGCGCGACAAACAAUCGCGCGGUACUGCGUGGCGCUUCCCUCCAUCCCGUCAGCAUUUGGGGGCACAAUAAAUUGUUUAAACCUUU